AGACGAAGUAAGGUAGGUAAAUCGUCUAAAUACUAAUUAUUCAAACAGACGCUCGGCUCGUACUACCUGCGUUCUUCUCUCUACAACCUGCAAGUUGAUUGGAUGGUUUUGGAGGUUGUAGGCUAACACAAACUGUCAGGCAUCAUACAUUUAAAAAAGAGAUGCAGACCAAACAGUGGGGAUUGACUGCACUGCUCGAGGGUUAUUGCACCCAUUGACUGGGCAAUGAUAUACACCUGGAAGGGUUCGACCCCGAGGUUUGGCAUCCUCAUUCAUUUCCCCCAACUCCCCUCUCUUGACAGCAACAACCACACUCUACCCUCGAUGUACUUUCUCAAUGCUUGAGGCACCAGUCUCGAAUUACACCUACAACACCUUGAACAGACGCACAUAUCAAACCACUUUAUUUCCAACCCAAAAGGAACUUACCACCCAGCUACCCAUCAUGCCCAACCUCACAAACCCUUCCACUCCCGGGGAAAGGGAGAAUGAACGGGAGUUUGCUGGUUCUUUGGUUAAUGAGGGGUCUGGUGGUGACUGAAAGGGCAGUGACUAUGUUUUGGGAAGGCAGUUUGACAUAGAGAGGGAUGGGGGUGGCAAUUGUAGGAGUUAUGAUGGAGGCUUGUUGCUGGUGGGCAAGAUGUACUCGACUCGGCCACUGGUGAUAUUGGGAGUUUUUGGUUAUGAUUUUGGGUAAAAUGGAGUUUUCCGGUUGUAUAUGGUUGGGUGUUGAGGAUUUUUUUCGAAGCGAAAAGGUCCGGGAUGAAGGAUUUACAUUUGUAUACAUCCUCGACACCGCCACCGUCGUCUCCAUCGGGAACCCUAACGCCAACGACAACACAUGCCCGUACUCCCCCUUCUCCGCCCUCUCUCCAAACACCUGA